ACACACACACAUACACGCAGGAGGAGGAGGAGGUACAAGCGGACAGAGACGAGGCGCCGUGCGGUUAGUGAUUUGAAUCGAAUCUAUUUGCCUACUAAAUGUCGGCACGGGCUUGAAUGCGGUGGUACCGGAGCACGCACUGGCGGUGCCAGGCGAACUGCCUGCCUUCCAAACUGGACCCGUUUCACCUUUGAUGGUUUCAUGUGUCCGGUACUAUUCGAUGGCGCAGCGCUUGAAGAUGCACGAAACACCGCUGUAUCGUCUAGGGCGCCUGCAAGCGAUUGAAAAGCUCGAUGGAUUUUGCGCUCAGGAUGUAUUUGAUUGUGUUGUUGUUACGUUUCCACGGAAUGUCGAACCCGUGAGGACUUCCGCACAGUGCAUGGGAAUCGAUGAAGCAUGCGGAGCUAUCACCAUGUUGCCAGGAUAAAUGAUGAUUACCCUCAAUGAAAACAAGGAGGAGGGGUCUAGCUGCAGUACCAUGGCUGAAAAGGAGAACAAUCUAAAGACAGCCAGGUUAUGGAGAGAUGCAGCUUUGCGCUCCAGAAAGCUGAGGAGUGACCUGCGCCAGCUUACCCUCAGCACUAAAAAUAGCCAAAAAAUUACUCUUCCCGAAAACAUCAAGGACAUCGAGGUUCUGAACGUGGGUAACAACUGCCUUCAGGAACUCCCUGAGGGGUUGGGAUCAACGUUGACGAAACUGCGUAUCCUUAUCCUUCGCAGAAACAAGUUUGCCACUGUUCCCCAAGCAGUGUUUUUGCUCAGUCAGUUGGUAGAGCUGGAUAUUAGCCAUAAUUGCCUGAGUCAUUUUUCGGAAGAUAUUGUGCUGCUGAAGGGCUUGAAAAAGCUCUGCAUUAGCCACAACAAAAUUCAGUACCUGCCCUCGGGAAUUGGAGCUCUACAGUGCUUGGAGGAGCUGGAUAUCAGUUUCAAUGAGCUCCAUGAUUUCCCCAGGUCCUUCUCCCAGCUCAGGAAGCUCCGCACACUGGAUGCGGAUCACAACAAGCUACACCAUUUUCCUCUGGAAAUCCUGGCUUUAAGUGACCUGGAGGAACUAGACUGCUCUGGGAAUAAAUUUGAGUGUCUCCCCAAUAACAUUAUGAUGCUGGAGUCUAUCAAAAUCAUGUGGCUUAGCAACACGCUAAUAUCAUCUUUGCCAGAGACUUUCUGUGACCUGCAAAACCUGGAGAGCCUCAUGCUGGAUGGCAACGUGCUGGCAACUCUGCCCCAGUCUUUUGGGAAGCUGCAAAAGCUGAAAAUGCUUAAUCUCUCCUCGAACCUGUUUGAGGAUUUCCCCCAAGUCAUCCUCCGAAUCCGCGCUCUGGAGGAGUUGUAUUUGAGCAGAAACAGACUGACAUUUCUCCCAGAGGAGCUUGGCCAGCUGAUCAAGUUGGCCAACUUGUGGCUGGACAAUAACAAAAUCACCUAUCUUCCAGACUCAAUUGUGGAUCUGGAGAGACUCGAGGAGCUCGUUUUACAGGGUAACCAAAUUGCCAUUCUUCCGGACAACUUUGGAAAGCUCGCCAAAGUGAACAUUUGGAAGGUGAAGGAUAAUCCUCUCAUUCAGCCUCCCUAUGAGGUCUGCAUGAAAGGUAUCCCUUACAUAGCAGCCUAUCAGAAAGAGCUGGCCAACUCUCAGCCUGCAGUGAAGCCCAGAUUAAAGCUGGUGUUAAUGGGGCAGAAGAAUGCGGGGAAAACCUGCCUCAGGCAGUGUGUUGUCAACAAAGCACAGGACGCAAAGACCCAGGCGGGAAACAAUGGCAUCGACGUGACGAACUGGGUGGCGGACAUCGCCAGAAGUCUCACGUUUAUAGUUUACGAUCUGUCAGGGAUGCAGAACUAUGACCUGAUCAAGCCCUUCUUCCUCUCCCCGGGGGCCCUCUAUAUCCUGGUGGUGAAUCUGAAAACUUAUUCCCCCCGGAGCUUCAAAGACCACGUGGGCUACUUUCUCCACCUGCUGAGUGCCAAGGUGCCCCACGCGGUGGUGCUGAUGGUGGGCACGCACAUGGACCUGUGCGAGGAGGUGGAGCUGGAGGAGAAGUGCCUGGACAUCCACCGGCAGAUCUCGCUGCAGGAGCGGCACGCUACCGACUGCCUGCGGAGCAUGGCCGAGCAGGUGGACGAGGCGCUGGCGCUGGGCUUCGACGUGCGGACGUCCAGCCCGCACGUGCUCUUCUACGGCGUGUCCGACAAGAACCUGCGGCGCAAAAAGGCCCAGCUGCAGUACCUGCUCAACCACCGGCUGCAGAUCCUGUCGCCGGUGCUGCGCGUGAGCUGCGCGGGUGAGGAGCAGCGCAACGUCGAUCGGCUCAAGGAGAAGCUGAUGUCGGUCGCAGACCACCGGGAUAUCUUCCCCAACCUCCACCGCGUGCUGCCCAAGUCCUGGCAGAUGCUGGAGGAGCUCCACGUCAAGCCGCAGGACCUCUGGCUCUCCUGGUGGGACUCGGCGCGCCUGGGCCUCCAGGCGGGGCUGACCGAGGACCGUCUGCAGAGCGCGCUCUCCUACCUGCACGAGUCCGGGAAGCUGCUCUACUUCGAGGACAGCCUCACGCUCAAGGAGUACGUCUUCCACAACCUGCCGCGCUUCAUCGCCAUCCUCAACGUCUUCUUCCAGCGCGACGCCGACGUCAUGCUGGACCGCCUGCUGGCCGAGACUGACGGGGAGGACCGCGUGCGCGCCGCGCAGAUGAAGCACCUGGCCGAGGGCUUCCUGCAAAAUGGCCUGCUGCCGUCCAACGUCAUCCGGCUGCUGUUGCAGCCUCUCGUCCAGACGCAGCAGGACCUGUCGCUCAUCAUGGAGCUGCUGGAGAAGAUGGGCGUCUGCUACUGCAUCAACAAGCCACGCACCAAGCCGCUCAACGGCGCCACCGUCUGGUACAAGUUCCCCAGUCACGUGAGCAACGAGGAGCCUCACGGCCAGGACUGGUGGGUGAGCGGGACGUCGGGGGCGGCAGGUGGGGUGACGCCCGUGUCCAGCCAGCUCUUCUCCGUGGAGCAGCUGCAGAUCGAGUACAGUUUCCCCUUCCUGUUCCCGCCGGGUCUGUUCGCGCGCUACAGCGCCCAGAUCAACGCGCACGUGGUGCAGCGCUCCGACAGCCGCCACCAGAUCUUCGCCUACCGCGGCAAGGUGCCCGUGGUGGUCAGCUACCGGCCCUCCCGCACGCGGCUGCAGGCCGAGGUGUUGUCCAUAGCCAGCUACGCGUCUUUGCCAAAUAUCUGGACAGCUUGGCAGGCCGUCACCCCCCUGGUGGAAGAGUUGAAUGUCCUUCUGCUGGAGUGGCCAGGCCUCCACUACUCGGUGCAUGUCCUGUGUUCCAAGUGCCUGAAACGAGGCUCGCCAAACCCACAUUCCUUCCCAGGCGAGCUACUGAGCCAGCCCCGACCAGAAGGCCUGACUGAAAUCAUCUGCCCCAAGAACGGCUCCGAGCGGGUCAACGUGGCGCUCGUGUACCCCCCCACCCCCACCGUGGUCAGCCCCUGUCUCAAGUGACUCUCUGCCUCCAUGGCUGCCCGUACCACGCCUUGCUCUUGCCCCUCCUGGGCCACUCCCGGCUUCCCCUUGGACCUGUCCCAAACACCCCCCCUCUCCCAGGGGGUCGCUCCUGUGUCUGACCCCCACCUCACCUGGAGCCCCAGGGCCUCACCCCGACCUGCUCAGGAGAACACAGCUUGACUAGACACGCACACACACACACACGCAAACACACACACACAGUUGGGACAACACCCACACACACACAAGGAGAAUGAUUCUUAAUGAUUAAUUUGAUCUCCCAGUUGAGUGGUCAAUUGUGCAGCACCCAUGAUUCACAUGUUAAAGAAUUGCCAUGGAAUUGUCAUGGCUUAAACCCCUAAGGUUGCCAUGACAAAAAAAAGAAUGAUAUGGUAUGGAUUGGCAACCACUCAUGUGUACUAUAUGUUCGACGCAACAUGUGCCCCCCUCCCUGGUUAAGCCUCUCUCUGUUGGAGACAAACGACUGGUUAGAACUCUCUUUGUUGGGGACGGAUGACUGGUUAGACCUCUCUCUGUUUGGGUAUUGGGGACAGACAACUGGUUAGGCCUCCAUGUUGGGGACAGACAACUGGUUAGACCUCUUUCUGUUGGGGACAGACGACUGCUUAGAACUCUCUCUGUUGGGGACAGAUGACUGGUUAGAACUCUCUUUGUUAGGGACGGAUGACUGGUUAGGCCUCUCUGUUAGGGACAGACGACUGGUUAGACCUCUCUCUGUUGGGGUAUUGGGGACAGACAACUGGUUAGGCCUCUCUGUUGGGGACAGACGACUGGUUAGAACUCUCUUUGUUGGGGACAGACGACUGGUUAGGCCUCUCUCUGUUGGGGACAGAUGACUGGUUAGAACUCUCUCUGCUGGGGAGCACACGCUUGGUCACAGGCAUGUCUUUCUCACUCCUUUCGGGAGGAUGAAGUUGUAGCCACAGUGCCUGCCCACAGUCUCAAUCACAGCUGUGGUUCCAGCACACAGACGCACAUCUCCGGUCACACAGCCUCAACACACACACACACACACACACACACACACACACACACACACACACACACACAUAUACAUACACACACACACACACAGUAGGCCCAGAAAGGAAAGCCUCUGGUCAGUGGAGUACUACACCUGUGCUAGGAGAGGUGGAGAGGGGAACAGACCAAUGGAUGGAUGGACGGUUGCAUGGGGGAGGGGACAGGAUCUCAUGUUGGACAGAAAACAGCCUCUUUCAAAGAUGCGACUGGACUGGGCGGCAAAAGAUGUGUGGACUAUUAGACGGCUUGUCACACACACACACACACACAAACACACACACACACACACAUACACAAACACACUCACCAAGCCUCACAAAGGUGCAAUCCAAACACAGAUAUCUGAGAGUGUAGUUUCAAAAAUGUUGCAUAUUAAAGUGCAGGGUUAGUCAGACAUCAACCACAAAUUCAGCAUAACCUAUUCAUAGCCUCCAUUCCCAUUCAUGACGUUUUGAACUUUUCCCAACACACCGACAUGGUAAAUGCACUCCUCUUCACUUCCUGUGUUGUGUUCGGUGCAUGUGCACCCUCCUCUGGAAGAGAAAGCCCGGACUGGUUGUUGGCAACACCUACUGUCGUCAAGGAGAUGACCACAGCCAAUGGCUCGUCAGUUAAGAGGCAGGAGAAAAAGCCCCUCAUCCUCACGGACAUGAGCAGGUGUUGAGUAAGUCGCACCAAAUUUGAUAUCAGCUCCUGUGCUGCCCUGUUUUGUCACCCUCUCGAAGAGUGCCCAGUUGUCGUCGGUGAUACUCGGGCCUCCUCGUCCUCUGUGUCUCCUCUCCAUUUUGUACAGUACGUCUGAGCAGACCAGAGGCUUCUCAGGAGGGUUGUGUAACAGGAGGCACCUCCAUACAAGCCAAGGAUAUUACUCUUUUUGUGGAUUGUGGGAAGGGUUUGGGAUAUAUCAUGCCAUGCCCCAGUGCAGACAUGUGUGGUUUGGGAAGCACUAAACAUUGUUUUAAGCAUUGUUCCAAAAAAAUGUGUAUAUUUGUGUGUAUAUACAAAUGUGUACAGAGCAAUUAAAGAGGAAGACAUUGUAGGUGUGUUGAGUCGGGCAACAUGUCAUUAAUCAGCACUCCAUUAUAUCACAAAUGGCGAAGAAGAAUCCAUGUCAGUAGUUUCCUUGCGGGGGACCUGGGCGGGGGGCGUAUUGCAAUAUGUCAAAUGUUGACACUUUUUUGUAUAUAAUAUUUUUAUUUUUGUAAGUCGACUGAAGGUUGUCACCGGUCCACCUUCUUCACCGUUAUUCAGAACUGAGCAUUGUGCAUGACCCACCUGCUGGAUGUCAGAAUGUGCAGUGCAAAGGGUUUUAUAUUCUCUCAGAUAGCCGCCAUCUCUGGAACGAAUCUGGCUCUGAUCUGACCUUCGUCUGGCCUGGGUCUGGCCUUCAUCUGGCUCUGAUCUGGCCUGGGUCUGGCCCUGAUUCGUGCCAGGUGUCCGCUCUCUGGGAUUUCUUGCUGGUUCGUCCAUUUCACACUUCAUGAAAAAGCACCAAAUACAAUAAACAAAUAAAAAAGGUUUCAAUAUAAA